CCGAUUUAAAAUCUUUGGCCGCCACUUUAAUGCGAUAUAUCCAAAUGGAUUUGGAGUCUUUUGAGGAAGAUUAUCGCUCCUCUCCGGAAAGUUUUCAAUCGCUACCCGCACUCAAAUUCAAAAAACGUGAAUUAAGUGAUUUAUGGUCUAAAAUUGACCAUAAAUUCACUCAAAUUAGAGAAUCCGCAGAUUUACUCGAUCCACUCCUGUUGAGUUAGGAAACUCUAGACACGUUGCUAUGGCUCAAUUUCUACGUAACGAGAAAAGUUUAAUGAAAAAGCCAGAGCUUAAAAUGGAGUAUGAUAACGUCCUACAAGAGUAUAUCGAUUUAGGUCAUAUGAAACCAAUUAAAUAUAACCCAAACACUCCUUCAAACACCCAUUAUUAUUUACCCCAUCACGCUGUUGUUAAACUUGAUCGUGUUACGACAAAAGUUCGAGUUGUAUUUAAUGCAUCUAGCAAAACCUCGAACAGCAACAGUCUUAAUGAUACCCUACACACUGGUCCUACCCUACAACAAGAUUUAGUUGUACUUAUCUUGAAAUGGCGCUUUUACAAGAUAGUUUAUAAUGCCGACAUUACAAAAAUGUACCGGCAAAUUAUGCUAAACCCUACCCACACACCCUUCCAACGGAUAUUAUUCCGUAAAAGCGUCAACGAACCCAUUCAAGAUUAUGAACUGCAAACAGUUACAUUUGGUGUUAACUGUGCACCAUAUUUGGCUAUUAGAACCCUACACAAAUUAGCCGAUGACAUUCAAAAUACCCACCCUAUAGCUUCGCAAAUAUUGCGAAACAACAUGUAUGUUGAUGAUGUCUUAGCCGGAGGUCACACAAUUGAAGAAGCUCAAAAAGCUCAAACCCAAUUGAUCGCGGCUCUAGACUCUGCUGGUUUUCCUUUAAGAAAAUGGAUUUCCAAUACAAAGGAAUUAUUACACAAUUUACCCGAAGAACAUCUACUAGAUGUUGAUUUACUCACCCUACCCGAAUCAAAUAAUGCUAAAACGUUAGGCAUUCGUUGGAACGCUAAGGAAGAUACGUUUUUCUUUAAUGUACCCUUAAUUGAAAGAAAAUCAGCAUACACAAAGCGAACUGUGUUAUCAGACAUUGCUCGUCUUUUUGACCCAGCUGGUUGGUUAGCGCCAAUUGUUAUAUCUGCCAAGAUUAUUAUGCAGCAAAUUUGGCAAGAUAAUACAGCUUGGGAUGAAUGUCUUAACCCACUCACCCUUAUAAAAUGGCAAAAGUUUUUGCAGUUCUACGAUAAUAUUAAUAGAAUUCGUAUUCCAAGAUGGAUUAACUUUUCACCUUCAGCAAAAAUUGAGUUUCAUGGUUUUUCAGAUGCUUCUGAAAAGGCAUACUCUGCAUGUCUAUAUGCACGAGUAACACCCAUAGACGGACCUAAUUCCGUAACCCUACUCUUCGCUAAGACGAGAGUUGCGCCAAUCAAAGUAAUCUCGUUACCAAAACUUGAACUUUGUGGUGCAGUGUUGUUGGCAAAUAUGACACACAAUGUACUCACCCAACUCAACCUACCCUUACAUCAGACGUAUUUCUGGACCGACUCAUCUAUAGUUUUGGCCUGGCUUAGUAAACACCCUAACUCGUGGAAUACAUUUGUGGCAAACAGAGUUUCAACAAUUCUACAAACAGUAGGAGUAGAUAACUGGAAUCAUGUUGCUUCACACGAUAAUCCUGCCGAUGUUGCUAGCCGAGGAUGUAAUGCUGAUGAGUUAAAAGAUGACACUUUAUGGUGGAAUGGACCAUCGUGGUUGAAAGAAGUCGCGUCGAAGUGGCCAACAACAGAUAAACACUUUAUUACUCAAGCUGAAGCUAAAGUUAGUCAGUCGUUUACUACGACAGUUAAUACCCACCCUACCUUAGAUACGAAUACUGAAAACCCAGAUAUAUUAUCAAGAUUUUCGAAAUUGUCAAAAGCUCUAAGAGUAAUGACAUAUGUCUAUCGAUUUUGUGAUCGCGCAUCAUAUACCCGAAGAAAUACAAUUCGAAAUGAUAGAGUUAUUCUUGAUCGAAAUAACCCACAACUAGUCAAUGAUAGACUACGUUUAUUAACUACCCACCCAAGUAUUGAACUUGAUGCGUCAGAGAUCAAAUCUACCCGUGAUAGACUUAUUAUUCUUUGUCAGACAGAAUAUUUCAACAACGAAUAUAACUGUUUGAAGAGAAAAUACCCUAUACCCAACAAAAGUGACCUGCUUACCCUAACUCCAUUUUUAGAUUCUGCAAUGAUAAUGCGUGCAAAUGGUAGACUAGCAAAUUCCAACAGUUUGUCCUAUUCCGAAAGACACCCAAUAUUAAUACCCUAUAAAAGUGCAUUUGCUAAAUUACUAGUACAACACGUCCACCUGGUAACCCUGCAUGGUGGAAAUCAACUUAUGUUGAGAAUAAUCCGAUCAGGAUAUUGGAUUCCGAAACUUAAGAAUCUGAUUAGUAAUGUUGUUAACAAAUGCUCACCCUGCAUAAGAUAUAGGAAUAGACAAACAACCCAAUUUAUGGCGGCGUUGCCACCAGAAAGAACCCAAAUUGAUAAAGCUUUUACAAAUGUUGGAGUUGAUUUUGCAGGACCAUUUGACGUCAAAGCAUAUAGUGGCAGAACUUGUAAAAUAACGAAAGGUUACGUUUGUGUUUUUGUUUGCUUUGCAACAAAAGCCAUCCACUUGGAGCCAACAUCUGAUUUGUCUACCCAAGCCUUUAUGGCAGCCUUCGCUCGAUUUUUUUCGAGGCGGGGAUGCCCUGUCGCCAUUUACUCGGACAAUGGGACAAAUUUCAUUGGAGCUAGUAAGCUAUUGAAGAAAGAGCGACAGGAAUUCAUACAGGCAAUUGAAAGGUUCCGUUAUCGUACCACUAGCAGUUUUCAGAAUUUGACGUGGCAUUUUAUACCCCCAGGUGCACCACACAUGGGCGAGCUAGCUACACUCCUUGCCAGAAUAGAAGGAUGUCUAAACUCGAGACCCUUAAGCCCGUCAAGUGAAAACCCUCAGGAUCUUAACCCGUUAACCCCUGGACACUUUUUAAUUGGCUCACCCAUACUUACCCCUGCAGAACCCGACACAAGCAGUGAUAAUAUAACCCUGGCAAACAGAUGGCAAAAAUUAAGGAUACAACAUCACAACUUUUGUAAAAGAUGGAAAGAUGAAUAUCUUAAAGAGCUCCAUAAAAGAUAUAAGUGGAAAAACCCUACCCGAGAAGUUGAAAUAGGUGAUAUUGUAGUAAUUAGACAAGACAAUUUAGCACCCAAUGAAUGGUUACUUGGACGUGUGACCAAAACACACCCUGGUUCUGAUGGUAGAAAGUAG